GACGUGGCACAGGAGGAAACUGAGACGACUGCCCCAGAGCAUGAGGACUUGCCGGAGCCCACACCUCGAAGGCCUCACCCACCGGGCCCGGGCCCCGUCGGCCCCGGCGACAUCGCCAUGCCUGCCUCGCAGUGCGAACGUCAUGCUCGAAUCGAGGCGACGCGGCGACGCGCUUUUCUUUUUCGCUGCUGGUCUGCUGGCAUCCCCGACUUGACAGGAGAGCGCAUCAUGGAAGACCCACAUUUCUAUCGCGAAGGGCGGGAAGGGCGGUUCGGGAAGCCGAGCGUCCAAAAACACCUCGUUCGCUUGGAGCGCCAGCCCGGCCGUGACCGCCUGGGCUUCGGACGCUCGGCAAUGUUUCCGCGGGAACGCCGCAAGCUCCAGCCACUGGUCUUGACAGAUGUGCUCGUGAUAAGCUGGAUUCGGGACGGGGCGCUGGCAGACUUCAACUAUGUGUCCGUCAACGGGAUCUCGGGCGAUGUGCAACGAAUGAGAGAGGCACUGCGAUCACAGGUUGUGGAGAUGGAAGUCAUGGCUCCAGAACGGUGGCGCUACUCGAAGGAGCUCGACAAGAACCCUGAGUUUGCUCCUCCUGGCACAGAGGCUCAGAACAUGGAGCUUGUCAUCGGCUGGAACGGCGGGCAGCAGAAGAAGGACGAAUCGCAGGUGCCCAACUUCCCGCAAAUGGCCGGCCUCAUCAGCGCAGCAGAAAUGAUGCUGAAGGCUUCUGCUUCAGUUGCUUUGCACAACCUUGUGCACGAGUACGCCACCGUGCGCCGGAGCCAGUCCAGCCAAAUUCAGUUCGAAAUCCUAGCUUCGAGUCCACAGAAUUUUCAUUAG